AGAAGUAGGCGUAGGUCGGCGGCCACGGCGGGGACGGAAGGCGGAAGCGGAGCGUGAGCGGGAGGCGGAGCCGGGGGAGCUGCUCUCGUAGCUCCCCCUGGCCCGGGGCCCAGCUGCUCGAGGGGGAGGAGUUACCGCCGCUCUUCGGGCAUCAGAACUUAUCAUGAUGGCUGUGACCUAAAAUCCUCAGGAAGCCCCGGGGUCAUGGCCCAGAAGCACCCCGGAGAAAGAGGGUUGUGUGGAGCCCACCACAGUGGUGGUGCCUCCUUCAGGACUUUAGGAUCCUCUGUGGACCCUGAAAUACUUUCAUUCUCAGGACUCAGGGACUCAGCGGGGCCUGCUCCCAAUGGUACCCGCUGCCUCACAGAGCACUCUAGUCCCAAGUACACACAGCCCCCAAACCCAGCCCACUGGUCGGAUCCAAGCCAUGGCCCCCCAAGGGGUCCUGGACCCCCUAGGGAUGGAGAGGACCCCGAUCAGAGUGAGGCAUCUUCAGAAGAAGAGUCAGGAGUGGACCAGGAACUCUCAAGAGAGAAUGAGGCUGGGUACCAGGAGGAUGGGAACCCUUCUUUUCUUUCCAUUCCGUCUGCUUGCAACUGCCAGGGAACCCCUGGAAUCCCUGAAGGGUCUUACUCUGAGGGAGGAGAUAGCUCUCCUAGCAACUUUUGCCAUCAUUGUACCUCUCCAGUUUUGGGGGAAGAUGAAGAGUUGGAAGAGGAAUAUGAUGAUGAGGAACCUCUCAAGUUCCCCAGUGAUUUUUCACGUGUGCCCAGUGGGAAGAAACCUCCACCCCGGAGACAGCGGCACCGCAUUCUGGCCAAGGAGGAUACUCGGGACGGUGGACGCAGAGAUCCCAGGUCCCCUGGCCGACAUCGGCUGGGCCGGAAACGAAGUCAGGCAGAUAAGCGCAGAGGCCUCGGAUUAUGGGGAGCAGAGGAACUAUGUCAGCUUGGACAGGCAGGCUUCUGGUGGCUGAUUGAACUGCUGGUAUUGGUGGGAGAGUACGUGGAAACUUGUGGCCAUCUCAUCUAUGCAUGCAGGCAGCUGAAAGGCAGUGAUCUGGACCUUUUUCGAGUCUGGUUGGGAGUCUGGGCAGGGCGGCUGGGGGGCUGGGCCCAGGUGAUGUUCCAAUUUCUGAGCCAAGGAUGUUGCUAUGGAGCAGGGCUGUUCACCCGUUUUCUUAGGCUACUGGGUGCUUUGCUGCUCCUGGCUCUGGCCCUUUUCUUGGGCUGUCUACAGUUGGGCUGGCGGUUUCUGGUGGGACUGGGUGACCGGUUAGGCUGGAGGGGUAAAGCUACUUGGCUCUUUUCUUGGUUGGAUUUCCCCACCUUGCAGCGUUGCCUGAUUCUGUUAAGAGAUAGCAGGCCAUGGCAGCAGUUGGUAAAAAUGUUUCAGUGGGGUUGGCUGGAGUUGCCUUGGGUCAAGCCAAGGACUAACAGGCAGGGGAAUGCACCUGUAGCUGGUGGUCGCUACUGCCAGCCUGAAGAGGAAGUGGCUCGACUCUUGACCAUGGCUGGGGUUCCUGAGGAUGAGCUAAACCCUUUCCAUGUGUUGGGGGUUGAAGCCACAGCAUCAGAUGUUGAACUGAAGAAGGCCUAUAGGCAGCUGGCAGUGAUGGUUCAUCCUGACAAAAAUCAUCAUCCCCGGGCUGAAGAGGCCUUCAAGGUUUUACGGGCAGCUUGGGACAUUGUCAGCAACCCUGAAAGGCGGAAGGAAUAUGAAAUGAAACGAAUGGCAGAGAAUGAGCUGAGCCGGUCAGUGAAUGAGUUUCUGUCCAAGCUGCAGGAUGACCUCAAAGAAGCAAUGAAUACUAUGAUGUGCAGCCGAUGCCAGGGAAAGCAUAGGAGGUUUGAAAUGGACCGGGAACCUAAGAGUGCCAGAUACUGUGCUGAGUGUAAUAAACUGCAUCCUGCUGAGGAAGGAGACUUUUGGGCAGAGUCAAGCAUGUUGGGCCUCAAGAUCACCUAUUUUGCACUGAUGGAUGGAAAGGUGUAUGAUAUCACAGAAUGGGCUGGAUGCCAGCGUGUGGGAAUCUCCCCAGAUACCCACAGAGUCCCCUAUCACAUCUCAUUUGGUUCUCGGAUUCCAGGCACUAGUGGGCGGCAGAGAGCAACCCCAGAUGCCCCUCCUGCUGACCUUCAGGAUUUCUUGAGCCGGAUCUUUCAAGUACCCCCAGGCCAGAUGCCCAAUGGGAAUUUCUUUGCAGCUCCUCAGCCUGGCCCUGGGCCCACUGCAGCCUCUAAGCCCAACAGCACAGUACCCAAGGGAGAAGCCAAACCGAAGCGGCGGAAGAAAGUGAGGAGGCCCUUCCAACGUUGACACCCCUUCUCUUCUUUCCUCAGAUCAAUGUCAGGGAGUCAAAAGGGCUGUGUAUAGCACAGGAUGGAGUUUUGAUUGUUUAUUUUUAAAUAUUUAAAAAAGGGAAAAUUUUAAGCUCAAAUUGUUCACUCAGUACUUGUAGGAAGCCCCGGAACCACUUUCCCUCUUCCACCAGCACCUAGGAACUGAAUCUUGUCUUCUGACAAUACCAAAGAAAUAGGGGGUGGCUAGAGCAAAGAACUUAGAGCCUGGACCUGGGCUGGACAGUAUCUUCCAUGGUUGUGUGGGAACUGGGUAUUUCCCUGGGGUCUGUAUGCCUUUGUCUUUUGCUUCUAGAGCAGGUGACACUUUCCCCCCCCUUUUUAAACUACAAGUCUAUCUUAUUUUUUGACCCAUUUCAGGAGGGAGCCCCCUCCUUUAUGCCAACAUACUAGUUAAAAGACAGAACAAGAAGCAUGUAGCCCUAAUUAUAGGAGAUUAUACAGAGUUCAGAGUGGGAACUCUGAAUUUUUCCUCUGACAUUCACCUUGUGGGUAAUCACCCAACUUCAUGCUUGUUGCUGCAGGGAUGGCCAAAACUAAUAAUUUUUAAAAAGCAGACUCAUGCCCUCUGCCCUUGGGUGAGGGGGAAGGAUAAAGGGGCUCCCAGAAGCCCCCUUAUGAUCCAAGGGUUUGUAUUUUUUUAAGUUUGUUCAUAUUUGUAUGUAUAUAUCUAUUUAAAGCCAGGGGAUUAUCUUUCUAUAAAUAUAUAACUGGCAACCUGUA